CACGCCCACUUUACGUCGUGGUAACGAAACCCCUGGAAUUUAGUGAACGCCAAAACAAAAUGUCUGCCUCCAAGGGCGCAAUAAGCGCAAGUACUACUAUUUCAAAAGCGGAGUAUUUAAAGCGCUAUUUAUCAAACAGUGAAGAUGGCAAGAAGUCAAAAGAGAAGAAAGUUAAGAAAAAACGUCCUAAACCCGCCGGGAGAGGGAUGAAAAUUGUUGAUGAUGACAUUGACUGGAGGGAACUGGCUAUGAACCAUGAGAAGGAGAACAAGGAUGAAGAUGAGGAGGAGGAGGCACCUGUGAUAGCAGAAAUAAUAGACGAGCGUCCGGACGAAGUCAAGCAACUUGAAAUCUUCAGAACUAACAAGUGGAAAGUGCUUGGAGCCACAAAUGACGAAUCUCAAGAAAUCCUGCAUUCAGAAACAAGCUCAGAGAUCAAAGGGAAUAGAAGCACUCGACAUGAUUCUCCUGAUAGUUCUCCAGGAAGGGGAACACGCCAUGACUCUCCUGAUCUCUCUCCUAAGAGGAAAUCUCGUCAUGACUCUCCUGAUCUCUCUCCUAAGAGGAAAUCUCGUCAUGACUCUCCUGAUCUUUCCCCCAAAAGGAAAUCUCGUCAUGACUCUCCUGAUCUUUCCCCCAAAAGGAAAUCUCGUCAUGACUCUCCUGAUCUCCCAGCUAAGAGGAAAUCUCGCCAGGAUUCUCCACACCUUUCACCUCCCAGACACAGAACCAAUGCCAAAUCCAGAUGGCAUGACCCCUCAUCACCUUCUUCUCCACGUAAAACACAAAAACACCAUCAUAAAGAUUCUCCACAGAGAGCAAAGUCAAAAUCAUCUUCAGGUGGUCGUGUCCCAGACUCAGACCUGUCCCCAGCACGAAGAGGCCCUAACACCAGACGGGACUCUGACUCUGAUCUGUCUCCCCCAAGGAAAAGGGCACAGGGAGGCAGGGGGUCAGAUUCUGACCUCUCUCCUCCCAGGAAGAGGCCACAGCAUAAGCGUGAAUCAGACUCAGAUCUCUCUCCUCCUCGUCGCGCUCGCGUUCCUGCUGCACAGAACGAGCCUCAGAUGUUAUCCGGUGGAGCUGCUGGUCUGGUGUCUUCUGAAACACUACGGAAAGAGCAGGAGGAAAUGCGCAGGAGGGAAAAACACAACCGCCCGCUUGAAGAGGAGUCCCGUAACGCAGCGACUGUUUUUAGAGAUAAAACAGGAAAGAAGCGUGACCUUGAGACUGAGCGUGCCGAACAGAGCAGGAAAGCGGGGGAGAAGGCAGAGAAAGAUGAGAAAUAUGCACAGUGGGGCAAAGGACUGGUUCAGAGGCAGUUGCAGGAGCAGAAUGUGGCUGAUGCACUCAGAGAGGCUCAGAAGCCGCUGGCACGUCACAUUGAUGAUGAAGACCUGGACAAGAUGCUGAGGGAGCAGGAGAGAGAUGGAGACCCGAUGGCUGCACUUCUGCGGAAGAAGAAGGAGAAGAAUGCAAAAACCACAGGCCUCAAAGAUCAACCUCGUUAUCGGGGUCCACCUCCACCCCCAAAUCGCUUCAACAUCAUGCCGGGAUAUCGCUGGGACGGAGUAGACAGGUCUAACGGAUUUGAGCAGAAGCGCUUCAGCAGAAUAGCAGAAAAAAAAGCUGUGCAAGAGGAAGCGUACAAAUGGAGUGUGGAGGACAUGUAAACACUUAUCUGGACACGUGUGUAAGUGCGUGCGUGUGUGUAAGUGCGUCCGUGUGUGUGCGUGCGUGCAUAAAGUGCGUGUGUUUGUACAUGUUUCUCUAAUUCAACGGCAUGGACCAGGUUGUAUAAAUGGACCUCCUUAAAUGAUGAAAACGUCAUUAACUAUCAACCACGGCGAUUGACCAAAACACACAGUACAUAUUGUGAGUUUUAAGGACUUCUGCAGUUGUAUAUGUGUAUCUGUUUUACUUUGUGAGGUUUAUUAAAUGUUGUUUUCGUAACA